AUGGCUGUCGCCAGCGACAGUUCCGGCAUCGGCGCGUGCGAGAAGGGCGGGCUCUGGCCGGAAGCGCUGUCGUCGGUCGGGGCGCCCGGGGAAGGUCCGUUGGAGACGGAGGUCACGAGCGAUACCGCUGGCCUCGGCGCGCGCAAGAAGGGCGGCGAUCGACCGCCCUGCGAGUGCAGCGCCAGACGGAGCGCGAGGGGGGCGCGCCGUGGCCAGAGGCGCGGCCCCUGCCGAGGCAUCUCGGGGGAGCGCGCCACCCGCCCUCGGAGGGGGCCGGCCUGGCCGGCGUCUCCUGGCGGUCUCGUGGGCCGCGCUCGUUGUGACCCGGCUUUUUGCAGCAGAGAUGUGGAGUGA